CCUGCCUCGGAACUCUAGGUUAUUAAAGACGCGGUGCUGUAAAGCAUUGGGAGGGGGCGGCCAGAGGCAAUAACAGCUAAGUGCAAAGCCAGGGAUGUUGGCAGUUGCUUAUUAAGUUGUACAAAGCAGAUUAGAGCCGCAGCAGCAACAGCAGCCGCAGCAGACAGCAUCUCCUCAGUCUCCCAACUGGGCUGGGCUGGGGAGGGGUCUUUGUCUCCUGCCCCUCCACCCCCAAGAGAUGGUGGAUUCAAGCAGGGAGCAUUCUCAUUCAUGGAGCAGUGGGACCAAGGGACCAGUCAGGAGAGCAGAGUGCUUUUCGGUUUGGCACGCUGGCACAUGUUCAGACAUGGGAGGCAAUGCUUUCACCUGGCAAAAUCUUAGAGAUUUUGCACCCAAGAGCCAACCCAAGGAACACAACAACAGCAUGCUUUGAUCCCUGGAUUGGAAAUGGAGCUGCCUGCAGGGUGUUUCAAAUAAAUAGGCAACAUUGGCUGAGUUGCAAAUGCUACUUUGGGGAUCUUUAUCUCAGACUGAAAAGAACCAGUGAGCGGAGGCACCAAACCAACGUCGCACGUGCCACCUGGAUGGAGACUAGGAAAGCCUCUUUGCCCCUGAAGCAUCCCAUGACGCUACACUACCAACCAGAGUUCAGGGAAGAGAGGCCGUUGGCUGCAUCUGUGUACUUGGUUCUGUUUUCACUGCUGUUGCUUCUGGCCUUGCCAUCCAAUGCCAACCCUGUGCCCACUCCCACAGAUGAAAGUGGGGAGAUAGUGGAGUGGCUGAUGCAGUAUGGAUACCUUCCUCCAUCUGACCCAAUCACAGGCCAGCUGCAAACAUGGGAGGCAGUGACAAGUGCCAUCCGGGUCAUGCAACAUUUUGCAGGCAUUGCAGAGACUGGGAUCCCAGAUGAUGCCACACUGACUCUGAUCCGGAUGCCUCGCUGUUCACUGCCCGAUAUAAUCACCCCCUUCCCAGAAAAACUUCCUUUGAGAGAAAAAGGAAGGAGGAAAAGGCAGAAAAGAAAGAAGAGUCGCAGCAGAAGGAGUGCAGGCUCUGUUUGGACUAAGAGGAACAUCUCCUGGAGGGUGAAGACCUACCCACGGGAAUCCCAUCUUAGCCGGGAAACCAUGCGGACGUUGAUGUAUUAUGCCCUGAAGGUGUGGAGUGAAGCCACACCCUUGAACUUCCACGAGGUGGGUGGCCACACUGCGGACAUCUCUGUGGAGUUCCUCCGACUGGACCAUCAAGACGGUUACCCCUUUGAUGGUCCGGGUGGGAUGGUGGCCCAUGCCUUCUUUCCAGGAGAUCCCCAGAGGGCUGGCAAUGUCCACUUUGACAGCAGUGAAGAAUGGACCUUUCGGUCACCAGAUGACUUUGGAACUGACCUUUUCGCAGUGGCUGUCCAUGAGUUUGGCCAUAGCCUUGGCCUGACACAUUCCCCUUCCAAGCACUCUAUCAUGCGCCCUUAUUACCAAGGCCCAGUGGGAGACCCACUGCAGUACCAGCUGCAUGCGGAUGACUGUAUGGAGAUCCAGAAUCUUUAUGGGAGCAGAAUUCUUCAUUCCACGGAGAAACCAGAGGUCACUUCGCUGCUCCCGGAUCUUCUCUCUCUGCCUCAUGAUUUUCCUGCCCUCAGGUCAGGCAGAGAAUUCCCCGAUCGCUGUGUCUCCAGUGUUGACGCUGUGGCCCACAUCAGAGGGGAAACUUUCUUUUUCAAAGGCCAGUACUUCUGGCGCUUGACCCAGAGCCGGCACCUCACUUCUCUGCGCCCAGCCUUGAUUACGGGCUUCUGGCGAGGCCUCCCCCCCACUCUCCGCAAAGUGGACGCUGCUUACGAGAGGCACACGGAUCAUCGCAUCCUUUUCUUCAGUGGACCCCUGUACUGGGUGUUUAAGGACAAUGGUGUGGAAGAGGCUUACCCACGCCCCGUCACAGACUUUGGGCUGCCGCAAGGUGGCAUUGAUGGUGCUUUCUCAUGGCCUCCAGACAGAAAAACGUAUUUCUUCAAGGGAGAUCUUCACUGGAGCUAUGAUGAAGCUACAGGACACAUGGAAGAAGGCUUCCCCUUCCAAAUAACACCUUGGGAACAGUUCUCCACCUCCAUAGAUGCUGUGCUCAGUGAAAAUGAUGGAACACUCUAUGUCUUUAAAGGCAAGGAGUACUGGAAGUUUGACCAGGACACUCUCCAGCCCCAGGCAGGCUACCCUCGUUCCAUAGCCAAGGACUGGCUGGACUGUAGGGGGGAACUGUAUCCUUCCAGAACCGUGCCGACCAGCCCUGCUUCAAGAGCUGAACUUCAUCCAGACUUGCGUGGUCCUCAGCUGGAGGUUGAGCACUGUGCGUGCUUUUGUUCAGCCUUUCAAGCACUCCCUUCCACCUUGCUUCACUGCCUGCCUGUCCUUGUUCUGUCCCUGCAUGGAUUUCCCUAGGAAAAGGCAAGGAACCUCUUCUUGCUCUGUGAGCAUCAGUUAUGGUUGCUGUCAGAAUGGCUGUCGCAAGCUGAAAGUGGCAAAACGUGAAACAUCCCAGUGAAGUGGGAUCUGGUGAACAAGUAGGAUGUAGUUUCCUCAGUUGGGACUGUUGUGCAUGGUGGGAAAGCAUUCUUCAAUAAGUUGCACUUUGGUACAAAUUAAAUUGGGAAGGAAUGUGAGCUCCCAAAUGACCUGAA